AUGAACGCUCAAAAACUGCAGGAAUUCUGGAACUUCGAGGACCGCCAACUGGAGUCUGACCUCCGGGAUGUGAUCGCGAUUUUGAAACACUUUCCGGGGGUUCUGCGGAAGUCGAAGACCGACGAAGACGUGGCGAGCAUGCCGCGUGUAAAUCUCAGCUUGGGGGAAGUCGGUAUUUUGCAACUUAGUAUCCGGCGAUCUCUGGAGGAUUUCGAAAAAAUGUGGAGGAAGGUGGUUGACGAUUUGCGUACAAUCAAGAACUCUGGCAAACAGGAGGUAUGAUCCAGGAAAAGAUUUAAACUGUGCUAGUGCAGAUUUGUUGUGUAGAAGUCCUCGUGAAGAAGAUGUUGACGAGCAUGCUCACCAAGACGUUUUUUCUUCGCGUUCGCAUGAGGAAGGCGAAGGCACCCACUUCGGUAGUGAGUGAGUCAGCGACAUAAAAUUAUACCCUCGAAGAAGCAUGAUGAAGGCGCAAAGAGUAUUUUUAAAACCUGCAAUGAUGUGAAGACUUGUACGUAAGUAGCUGCCACAUCUCCUCGGUAUGUUGAGAAAAAACUAACAUGGCGAGGACGUAUGUGACGCAGACGCACACUUAUCGAAGAGUGCGUCAUGUACUAGGUAUAAAUAAACGUUGUGUGUCAUCUUCUUGCAGCAUCGUCUGUGACUGCAACUACAGAAACCUGCACUGGGCCAGUUUUUGUCGUGCAUAAGUGCGGCUAGUGGCAUAUCACAUGUAAAAACGUAGUACCCAGCAUCCCCCAUCAAUAGUCAACAUGCCACUCUUGCUAAUACACAAGUCCAGAAUUAUUUGUGGCUGUUGUGCACCAUGGCAUUGGCAACUGGAACUUUGAGAUUUACUAUAUAGUCUCGCUGUGGCUUCUUGCCAAUAUGCAGUCGUCUUGAUCAAUAACAAGUGCAGCAGGAAGACCGAUUUCAUUUCCCAGAGAGCAUUCGAUGAAAAUGGCUCUCCUGUGGCUUCGCAUAUGAUCAAACGCAUAUUAUUUUGAAGGGCAUGCAGAUUGAUUAUUUCCUUCACAGAGAUGGAGUCGCGGGCUGGUCGUUUUUACUUUAUGAUAAGGUAGCAGACGCUGAGGUCCUCUACACGGGCCUGCAAGGCAUGCACAUGAUUGUCGAUGAAUACCCGGAGUUGUGGGACAACCCGGAUGAUGUCACGCGGAACAAGUUGGAAGCGUUAGAAAAACUGCGCAGAGAACUAGGGGAGAAAAGUUUUGCCAUCUCUACAAAAAGUUGACCCCCCCAGAACACGCGAAAAGAAGAAGUCGCGUCUUUGGGGCUUUGAGCUUUUUCUUUUUGUUUUUUCAGGCAGUCGGCGGCGUCGCGCAGCCACCCCCAAUCGCCUGGGUCCGCCUGGGCCGCCGUGGUUUGCGGCUGCUUCGGUUGUCGGGGCUUCUUGGAGUCUUGCUUCACAUGUGCCGGCCGUGCAAGGCGAGGGGGCCCCCGCUGUGAGCGCGCAGCCCUUAGCAAGGCUUUAGAAUUUCUGCUAAUCGCCGCUGUCGGUGGCGCUUGCGGGUUCCCGCGGCGAGAGUGUUCGAAACAAUAAGAAAGCGCCCGCAGAUUUCGCCCUGCCCGACCCCCGAAGGGGGUGGGCUAGGGCGGUCGGUUUUGGGGGUGCUUCAAAUCGCCGGAUCCUAUAGGGGAGAAGGGGGUCGCUUUUGGGGCUCGUUUUUGGGGGUGGCUUCUGGGGCUCUCGUUGUUGGCAAGUGCGGCCUCCUAGGUCUGACGCUUCCCGCCAGACCGAUCGGGCCACAACGUGACUGGACUAACUUGAUGCGCCCGCCGCGCUGCGUCGGUCCUGGGAUCAUUGGGCCGAUUGCCUGACCGCCUUCGGCACCUGGGGAACACGGGGGGGCGAGCACCCGGCGGCGCCGCUCGCUCCUGCCCAAUGGCUUCCGGCGGAAGUUCCUAUUGAUGUGAAACGCAACAGCCGCAAGCCAAAUUUGCAGGAGCUGCGGAGCCCGCAAGCGGUCUGUCAAAUAGGGCGAGACCCCCAAAAACAACUUUUUUUUUUCGCGGGCGUGUUCUGGGGGGGUCAACUUUUUGUAGAGAUGGCAAAAUUUUUCUGCCCUAAAAGAAACCAACAUAUGUGAUUCCAAACUGCAACCACAUUCUGACCGAUCCUUCCUGGAAUCCUCAAUCCACUGUGACUUGAACUCGCUGGAAGACCGCCUUGGUGAAGCCUUCGUAGCUCUCGGGGAUUCGUACCAUCCUUUUCAAUAUCCAGUGCAGCAAAAGCAAAUGUGUUUGGGUCUGGAAAGUGAGUUGUGAUGCAUGUCAGUGAAUAAGAAUAGCCACACUUCUGAAAAAUGUAGCGCCAACCAUCACUUUUAGUUUCUUUUCGUGGCUCCUUUGUCGUGGAGUUGUGUAUUUCGUAUGAAAAUAUAUAAACUGCGUUGUUGCAUGACAGACUAGAGGAGCUUGUUUUCGUGCUGGCCACGCGAAAAUACAGAGCACCUCCGUGCAGGCAACAUGCGUCGAGACUAGCAUGAAAAAUUUCGCAACUACCUGCUUUCAGUCCCAGAGUAGAUAAGUGAUAUUUGCAAUGCAUAUUCAACUUCCAGCGUUUGAUGACAAUUACGAUCCGUCCGCUCCCGCACGACCCGUUUCGGGUACUAGUGCUUUUGCGGACGAUCGUGGAGCUGCAAAAACCGCAUCGGGGGAAGCAGGUGCAGCAGCAGCAAGUCCUCUUCCUCUGAGUGCGACUGCGACACUACUGCCAGCAGCGGCCAGCACCGCAGGAGCUGGAGCUCUUGCCGCUGCACCACCGGCAGGGCGUCCAGGUCGUGCUGUUCCGGAAACGAAAGCAGCUGGUGACACGCAAGCCAUGGGGGAUGACGCGAAGAAACCAACAGCUGCCCCUUUUUAUCCAGCAGUGCAAAUUUGUUGAUGUCUGUACCUGUUGCAAGGAGAUGGAGCGUGCGCUUGCUUGUUUUAGUUUUACUCGUUGUAGCUUUGGAUCAUGAUCUUCACACGAUCGACCCAUGUUGAGUCCACCCCGGAAGGCACAUCACAAAAGUAAUCUGAUAUAGCAUCUUUACAGGAGGUCUGGUUUGUUGAUGUUGUGUGACCCAAAGAAGUUACUGGCCGUGCCGGUGGAACUAAUAAUUGCACCAGAACCGCAGAUCAUUGAUGUUUGCAAUGCAUACCCCUGCAGCUGCAUCUCCCGGGGCCCCUGCAGCAGGUCCACUCACGACCGGGGGCGACCGUCGACCGCCGGGCGGGGCUCACGUCGCCCCACCACGAGCUUCCCCAGGAGAAGCUGCUUCAGCAGGAAGUCGAAGUUCUACACCAGCCACGGUCGCAGCAGGCACGUCCGCAAUGUCCGCGGCACCACAAGGCGACCGUCGACCGCCGGGCGGGGCUCACGUCGCCCCACCACGAGCUUCCCCAGGAGAAGCUGCUUCAGCAGGAAGUCGAAGUUCUACACCAGCCACGGUCGCAGCAGGCACGUCCGCAAUGUCCGCGGCACCACAAGGUCGUGGACUUCUUGUACCACCCGCACCAUCUACAACUGCAGCGCCAUCUAG